CUAUAAUAUAAUAAUACUACGAUGCUCUUGAGAAAGGCUACAUAUCCUUAUUAUAUCAGUGUUUCUUGGAACAGAGAUUUGAUCAGGAUGAAGUUGAGUUUAGUGCGUUUAUCAUGUGUUGUGCGGACUACGAUGGUGACGAUGAUAUUAUUAUUAUUAUUAGAUUGUGAGCUGAGCGGGAGGGCAUUAGGUUGCACGGAAGAUGAGAGAGUUGGGUUGCUUAACCUCAAAGCCGCAUUCAACUUCCCGAAUCCCUCGUGGCAUGCCGAUCACCAAGAUUGCUGCCGAUGGAAGGAUAUUAAGUGCAACAAUGUUGCCAAUACUAUGCGGGUGACCGAGCUCCACCUCAAUCACACAAUUCAUCAGAUGCGGUGGUCUGUUGAUGCAUCCUUGUUCCUUCCUUUAGACGAAUUACAAGUUCUCGACCUGAGCUGGAAUGGCCUUGCAGAUAUACAAGCAGGUUUUACGAACACCUUGAGAUUGAAGAACCUACGAUCCCUAGAUUUAAGUGGCAAUGACCCGACGCAAGUCCCGGACUUGGAUGGGCUACCUUCUCUCAAGGAAAUAUAUUUAAGUAAUAAUGGACUGGAGAAUUUGAGUCAUCUUAAAGGGUUGAAGCUGGAGACACUCGAUGUUUCUGGGAAAUUAUCAAUUGAGCAGCCAGGAUCAGCUCUCAAUCAUUUGGAAUAUGACCUCUCUUGAACAUCUGUUAAUCGGAUGGAAUUAUCUGAAUGACUCAAUAUAUGAAGGUUUUACGAACACCUUGAGGUUGAAAAGCCUACGAUCACUAGAUUUAAGAGACAAUCACCUGAAGAAAGUCCCGGACUUGGAUGGGCUACCUUCUCUCACGGAAUUAUAUUUAAAUGAAAAUUCACUGGAGCACUUGAAUAAUCUUAAAGGGUUGAAGCUAGAGGUACUUGAUCUUUCGCGGAAUGAUCCUCUAUUGAGCAGCGAGGAUGUGCUCUCGAUCAUUUGGAAUAUGACAUCUCUUAAACACCUAUCAAUCGGGUGGAAUAAUCUGAAUGACUCAAUUUUUGAAGGUAAAACAAGCUUGUGUGAAUUGACGGGCCUUGAGGAGUUGGAUAUUAGUGGAAAUGAUUUCGUGGGCAGCAUCCCACCUUGCCUUUCCAACAUGACCUCCCUCUAUACACUCGGCCUUUCUGAUAACCAUUUCGGAGGUGCCAUUCCACCUUCCCUCUUCUCCAGCCACAGGUCUCUUGAAUAUAUAUCUCUUUCCGGGAACGCUUUUGAAGGCUCGUUUUCACUUGCUUCAUUGGCUAAUAACUCUGAGCUCAAAGUGUUCGAUCUUAGAGACAACAGCCAUAGACUGACACUGGAGACGGGGGAUGCUCCACAUGCUUCGUCACAUCAGUUAAUCCAUUUCGGCCUAUCAAACUGCAUUUUUGACAAACCGCAUGGCUUUGUUCCCAGUUUUCUAAUGCAGCAGCAGGACCUGGUAGUACUGGAACCAGCUACACCAAUUUAGGAGGGCAGUUCCCCAGUUGGUUACUAGAGAAUAACACAAAGCUACAAGUCUUCAAUCUUAUGGACAACUCUUUCUCUGGUAACUUAAACAACUUGAAUUCCAGCCUUUUCAAUGAUGGAAUACAGGAGAUCGAUGUGUCCUCCAAUUCUAUUGAAGGAGAGCUCCCUCCUUACUUUGGUUCCAUCUUUCCAAGACUAGAGUAUUUAAACAUGUCCAGGAAUUCCAUCAAAGGUAGAAUUCCUUCCUCACUUUGCCCCACGUCGACCCAACGGUUGCAGUCUCUAGACUUGUCGAGUAACAAAUUCGUAGGAGAGCUACCAGAGCAACUACUGCAUUGUCAAUCACUAUUGCACUUGCUUUUGUCAAACAAUAGUUUGAGCGGCCAUGUACUACCAAGAGCAGCAAACUUGUCAGGCUUGUUUCAUCUAUCUUUGGCCAACAAUCGGUUUUCUGGGGAGAUUUCAUUGGGGUUGCUUAAUAGCUCUUACUUAUAUAUGUUAGACUUGAGCAGCAAUGAAUUUUCGGGACCCAUACCAAAUUGGAUUGGAGGCUUUCAAGAACUAUCUGUCCUUAUACUGGCAGAUAAUUCCUUCAGGGGCACCUUGCCGUUGAGCUUUUGCAAGCUGGAACUUGAGUACUUGGACCUCUCUGGUAAUGAUCUCGGUCCCAGCAUGCCUUCCUGUGUCAAUGCCUCAAGAAUAACACACUUGCAUUUACAAAAAAACAACCUUAGGGGACCAUUACCAGAAUUUCUUCAUGAUGCUUCAUCCGUGGUGACAUUAGAUCUUCGCAACAAUGCAUUGUCAGGUGUCCUUCCAUCUUGGCUUGGUUCUCUCUCAGAAUUGAGGGCUCUCUUGUUGGCAGGAAAUAGUUUUGAAGGUCUAAUACCAGAGGAGUUGUGCCAACUUCGCAAUAUAAGCAUGAUGGAUCUCUCUCACAAUAAUUUUUCUGGAAGGAUUCCUUCAUGUUUCGAUAAAUUGGCAUUUGGGAAUUAUUCACAAGCUCCUCAUGGAACAUUUCAAAUACCCAAUUCUGCUCCGAUGGUGGGGCUCCCUAACCUUUAUGGUGAGAAAACACCUAUAUAUGUUGGGAUUAAUAUGGAUAUUAUUGCGGACAGUCCUGAAGAAGUGGAGUUCACGUCAAAGAAUAGACAUGAAACAUAUAAAGGUGUGGUGUUGGAACACAUGUCCGGGCUGGACCUCUCUUGCAAUAAUCUGUCCGGGUCCAUUCCCCUCCAGCUUGGCUACUUGGGUGAUAUCCAUUCUCUGAACCUCUCGCACAAUCAUCUGACUGGAUCAAUACCGGUUACAUUCUCUAAUUUAGACCAAUUAGAGUGUCUGGACCUCUCCCACAAUAGUUUAAGUGGCGACAUACCACAGCAAUUGAUAGAACUCUAUAGUCUAUCGAUAUUCAGCGUUGCUUACAACAAUUUGUCAGGAAGGACACCGGAGCAAAAAAAGCAAUUUGCGACUUUCACGAGGGAGAGUUACGAAGGUAACCCCUACCUGUGCGGACCGCCGUUGGGAACUUGCAACAGUACGGAGGGAUCAACAUUAGCACCACCACCACCUGCAGAGCAUCAAGAGGACUCCUUCAAAAUAGCCUUUGCCUGGAGCUUUGCCGGAUCAUAUGCUGUGGCAUUUCUCGGAACUGUCUUAUUUCUCUACCUCAGCUCUUACUAUAGGACUCUCUUCUUUAAUUUCAUCUAUAGGCACGUCCCCUACUUUCACUUUCUAUGAGCAAUUUUAUGUUUCUGAUGUUUCUUUUUAUGUAAACCGGUUAUAACUGAUUUUUAAUGGUUCGGUUAUAUUAUGAUUAUGGUUGGCCAUUGCA